UACGAACACACCCCAAGUUGAUCGCGAGGCAGCCGCAGGUAGGCGACGUGAUAAAAUAACGUGAUGAUGUGUGCAAAUAUUUUAGGCUGCUAAUCGUGGAUAUUGCGUUUACUUUAUUAAAAACGUAUCUGGUUAAUACUUUAUACUCAUGAACUGACUCACUAUCCUAUGUUAUCAUUGUUCAAGGUGAAUUAUUCCUACUGUAGUAGUAAAUAAAGUCGGUGGCAACUUGGCAUCCAGUGCAUAGUUGACAGCAUAUUUGAGAGAAAGUUGAAAAUAUUUUCUUACUAGUGGUCAUGACAGCUCUUAUACCCUGAUGAAGACAGCUUGGCUGUCGAAACGUUGGUAUUACAUUUUUGCAUCUGAGCUCCAAGAGUGUGCAGCUCUCUUUUAUUUUCAUGACAGCUCUUAUGUCAUGUUUAUGCCAUUGUUAGGCUAUUUACAUGUCAUAAUGAGGUGUUUUUGUUAGGGUAUUUACAUGUCAUAAUGAGGUGUCAUUGUUAGGCUGAGGUGUCAUUGUUAGGCUGAGGUGUCAUUGUUAGGCUAUUUACAUGUCAUAAUGAGGUGUUAUUGUUAGGCUAUUUACAUGUCAUAAUGAGGUGUUAUUGUUAGGCUAUUUACAUGUCAUAAUGAGGUGUUAUUGUUAGGCUAUUUACAUGUCAUAAUGAGGUGUUAUUGUUAGGCUAUUUACAUGUCAUAAUGAGGUGUUAUUGUUAGGCUAUUUACAUGUCAUAAUGAGGUGUUAUUGUUAGGCUAUUUACAUGUCAUAAUGAGGUGUUAUUGUUAGGCUAUUUACAUGUCAUAAUGAGGUGUUAUUGUUAGGCUAUUUACAUGUCAUAAUGAGGUGUUAUUGUUAGGCUAUUUACAUGUCAUAAUGAGGUGUUAUUGUUAGGCUGAGGUGUCAUUGUUAGGCUAUUUACAUGUCAUAAUGAGGUGUUAUUGUUAGGCUAUUUACAUGUCAUAAUGAGGUGUUAUUGUUAGGCUAUUUACAUGUCAUAAUGAGGUGUUAUUGUUAGGCUAUUUACAUGUCAUAAUGAGGUGUCAUUGUUAGGCUGAGGUGUCAUUGUUAGGCUAUUUACAUGUCAUAAUGAGGUGUUAUUGUUAGGCUAUUUACAUGUCAUAAUGAGGUGUCAUUGUUAGGCUAUUUACAUGUCAUAAUGAGGUGUCAUUGUUAGGCUGAGGUGUCAUUGUUAGGCUAUUUACAUGUCAUAAUGAGGUGUUAUUGUCACCCCUUUGACUUUGUACUUGUCUCCCAUUGAAGAAAAGGUGUGUGUGCACUGUGUUCAGAGACAUUUUAAGGGAAGUACAAUAAACCAGUGGAGGCUGCUGAGGGGAGCAAGGCACAUAAUAAUGGCUGGAAAGGAGUUAAUGGAAUGGCAUCUUACACGUGGAAACCAUGUGUUUGCUGUCUUUGAUACCAUUCCACCAAUGCCUCUCCAGCCAUUACCACAAGCCCGUCAUCCCCAAUUAAGGUGCCACCAACCUCCUGUGCAAUAAACAGUCAUCUUUUUGUUAUGCUUCAGCAGCUCGCGUAUCCAUGACUACCCGGAUGGUGCAACUCGCUCAGCCCAAACCCAACCUGCUCCGAUUCCCUGACCGGUACUGCCACACAAACACACACAUGCACACGCACACUGACAGACUGACUGAUUCUUUUCCUUCCAGACGGUCAGUCUACUGGCUAGAUGAACUCCCACCUGAAAGAAAUGGCUCCACCACCACGUUUGAGUUGACGCCCCACUGGUCCCAGCUGUGUGGCAGGAAGCGGCUUAAUUCUGGGUUCGAACAGAGCAGAUCAUCUCCCCAAUGGGAGGUCAGUGUCGCAGCUCUGAGUGCCUAUCCAUCCAAUAGAGUGUGUUCUCUGGCUUUGCCCCGCCUCCCCACCGCAGGCUGGGUAUCUGACCGCCCCCUACUGGCCUCCCUGAGCAGAGCGGUGCGGACUGCAGUAGCCAGUCCUAGGGUCUGCCAGUUGGCCUGUCCCAAGCGGAGGCAGGGUCUCUAUUCGCCCCAUUCAUCCAAGACCUCACUGGCACCCCCCCACCCAGCUGCAACCUCCUCCCGACUACAGCUCCUUGCCAUCCCUAAGUCUGACCACCCCCAGUAUGCCCAGGACCGUCCAGUCAUCUGGCCAGUGCCUGGGCCAGUGAGGAAGGCAGUAGCCAGUGAGAGGGUGCAGGUCCUUUCACGGCCCAACCAGCGGAAGGCGCUGUUCCAAGGCUACAACCCGUACACGGUUACCCUAGCUGCACGCUCCGCUAGCGCCUCGCCGCGCCUACAGGAGCUUUGUCUGCCCCUGCCGCGGAAAUGCAAGGGCAAAUAGACGAAUGCAUCUCAUCUCACACCUCUACAGUACCUCCAGCCGCCUCUUCUUCAGAUACUCUGUCUCCUGUACAGCAUGUCCCUGAUCACACUGCUUCAUAAUAAAGACCCUCUGUGAUCUCA